AAUAUAUACGUAUUUUGAUGUCGCCUCAUGUGCUGCCUUGACAUUGUGCGCAUGCGCAGCAGUGUCACCUGGAAGAAUUGGACCCGGGAGGUAAUAGCAAAACACCGGCUUGCCUUCAGACGUAACUUUUGUAAUAACCAUGUCAUCUUAUGAGCCCCCUGCAAAGAGAGUACUGCACAGCAGUUACUUCAAUCCUACACUGCGGCAAUGGCAGUCUUCCAAUACAGAGAUUCACCCAUGGAACCUGAUGUACCCUAUCUUUGUUGUUGAUGAACCAGAUGCUGUGCAGCCAAUCAGCAGCCUUCCUGGGGUGAAUCGUUAUGGAGUCAAUAAGCUUGUUGAUGCUUUGACACCAUUGGUGCAGAAUGGGCUCUCCUCUGUGCUCCUAUUUGGAGUGCCAACCAAUAUGCCAAAAGAUGAGAUUGGUAUAAGCGCUGAUACCCCAGACACACCAGUCAUUGUGGCUAUUAAGUUGCUGCGUGAGGCAUUUCCAAACCUUGUAGUGGCAUGUGAUGUGUGUCUGUGUGCAUACACUAACCAUGGCCACUGUGGCAUCCUGAAUGAGGAUGGAACCAUAAACAACGCCAGUAGCAUCAAACGUCUGGCAGAGCAGGCUACAUCCUAUGCUAAAGCAGGUGCUCAAAUUGUUGCUCCAUCUGACAUGAUGGAUGGCAGGAUCGGUGCAAUCAAGGCAAAGCUGAAGACAGCUGAUUUAAGCAGUCAAGUGUCAGUCCUCUCUUAUGCUGUCAAAUUUGCAUCCUCCUUCUAUGGCCCAUUCAGAGAGGCUGCCAAGUCUGCUCCGGCCUUUGGUGACCGCCGAUGUUACCAGCUGCCCCCAGGAUCAUCAGGACUGGCCAAGAGAGCUGCUGAGCGUGAUGUGGAGGAAGGAGCAGACAUGCUGAUGGUGAAGCCUGGUAUAUCUUACCUUGAUGUUGUCAGGCAAACCAAAGACAGCUACCCUUAUCACCCUCUUUUUAUCUAUCAGGUAUCAGGAGAGUAUGCUAUGCUCUACCAUGGGAGCCAAGCCGGUGCCUUCAACCUGAGAACUACACUCAUGGAAGUCCUCACCAGCAUGCGACGUGCAGGUGCUGAUGUCAUAAUUUCAUACUACACACCAAAGAUUCUUGAAUGGCUGAAGGAAGACAAGAACAGUGCUUAAUGGAAUCUUGCAGUAAGACAGUACAGAUAUUGGGAGCAACAUUCUAAGGAACAAAUUAAUAAUAGUUGUUACAAUUUGUGUGAAUAGCUGCUGCUGCUUUUAUGUUCUGAUGGGUAUGUUUGAAAUAGUCCACUGACAAGACACUGACUUACAUAAUGUAUCUUUGAAUACAUUAACAUACUCUUGUUUGUGUAAUUUCUGUAGAAAAUAAUGUAAAUUUUCUUAUGAUAAAGUCAAGCAAUAAAUAAAACUUUUUCCAGCUAUUUUGUCAUCUACUUAAAGUCAUAUAUUUUAUACAAACUAAUAUGUCAAGAACCAAUAAUAAAGGGUACAUAAUGCUUUGUGAUAUGAAUGUUAGUAAUGUUCAAAUGCUUGUUACAAGGGUGUUUUCUACAAAUCAACAGUUAUUGUACAAACUAGUGGUAUUUGUGAAUUGUUUUUGUAUGGUCUCUUAGUAGUGUUCUGAUGUGGUGAUGGUGCACACACUUGGCAUUAUAGUACUAUAGUAGUAGUAGUAGUAGUAGAAUCUAUAAGAUAGUCACAUUUUAUGUAUGCAUAGCACAAGCAUUAUUCCAAUUUUGUAUGCAUUUUAUGAAAGAUACAAGAGGCAUUUUUAUAAUCUGUCUUCCCAUUGUUAUUUAGUAUAACCAAGCCUAAAAAUAUUUUUGAUGAACCUUUCGUCAAAAUAAACUGUUACUUGGUGCAAUGAAUCUUCAGCUUUUGUACUCUUUAUAUUAUAUAUGUAGUACCUGCUGGCUGUGAUGGUUUAUAUAUAUAUAUAUAUAUAUAUAUAUAUAUAUAUAUAUAUAUAUAUAUAUAUAUAUAUAUAUAUAUAUAUAUAUUGUCUAUUAAAUGCAGGACAUGUCCAGUUGAAGAAAAAGGUUAGUUAUAAUAAUAUGGGUAUUGAUCUCGUGAUAACAAUUGAUUUUUAUUAAACAAAGAACUCAUCCUGUGAAGGAACAUUUGCUAAUAUAAUCAUUGAAUAAAUUGAUUAAUGAAAA